CAGAGUCCUCCCCCUAUUUUUCCGGAAGAGGAAGUAGUCUGUUGCUGACGUUUAAUGUUGCUGAGAAUGAUGAUGGCGUCUACAGACCAUUCUUUUCUGGACCUGACAGAUAAAGAAACGCGUGAAAAACUGUCACAGUGGGACCGGCGGGCAGAUGCCAUGGCUCCCCUGACAGAAAAACAAACGGACUCUAUUCUGGAUAUCCGAGCUGCCGCUGAAACCCUCCCUAUUCCCGCAGAGUUGCCCAUUGAAGACUUGUGCAGCCUGACAUCCCGCUCUUUACGGUCCCCAUUUACGACAACUGUACCAGCUUCCACAGAAGAUGUCCUGCUCAAGGGCUUUCAGAUGCUUGAUCUGGAGAAUGAGAGGAUAGAGACAGCACAACAGUUUUUCUCCUGGUUUUCAAAGCUACAGACGCAAAUGGAUCAAGAUGAAGGAGCUAAGCACAGGAAAACGAGAGACCAUCUCAAUUGUUAUCAGGAACAAUGCGAUGCUAUUCUGAGUGACGUGAAUGCUGCCCUCGAGCACCUGGACUCUCUGCAGAAGCAGUACCUGUUUGUGUCCAACAAGACAGGCACCCUCCACGAGGCCUGUGAACAGCUCCUUAAAGAACAGUCCGAACUGGUGGAUCUGGCUGAGAGCAUACAGCAGAAGCUUUCCUAUUUCAAUGAGUUGGAGAACCUCAACACGAAACUAAACUCACCCACACUGUCUGUAAACAGUGAAGGAUUUAUACCAAUGCUUUCAAAAUUGGAUGACUGUAUAGAGUAUGUUUCGUCCCAUCCAAACUUUAAGGACUACCCAGUGUAUCUGGCCAAGUUCAAACAAUGUCUGUCUAAAGCUAUGCACUUCAUGAAGACUCACACUGUGAACACUAUGCAGAAUCUCACCAACCAGUUAACAAAAAGGGAUCCAUUGGGUUUGGCUAACGCAGACAAUGCCUUCACACUGUACUAUGUCAAGUUCAGAGCAGCUGCACCCAAAGUCAGAACACUGAUUGAACAAAUAGAGCAGAGGUCAGAGAGAAUUCCUGAGUACCACCAGCUGUUAGAGGAGAUACACCAGUGCUACCUGGACCAGAGAGAGCAGCUCCUCAGCCCCAGCAUCACAUCCACCAUCACAGACCUGACCAGUCAAAAUAAUAAGGACCACUGUGCAUUAGUGCGUAGUGGCUGUGCCUUCAUGGUUCACGUCUGUCAGGAUGAGCACCAGCUCUACAAUGAGUUCUUCUCCAAACCCACGCCCAGACUAGAUGAGCUGCUGGAGAAGCUGUGUCUGUCGCUUUACGAUGUCCUGCGGCCACUCAUCAUCCACGUUAUCCACCUGGAGACCCUGUCGGAGCUCUGUGGCAUCCUCAAGAAUGAGAUGCUGGAGGACCACGUCCACAACAACGCUGGUCAGUUGGGGGCCUUUGACGCGGUGGUGAAACAGAUGCUGGAGGAUGUCCAGGAGAGGCUGGUCUACAGGACACACAUCUACAUCCAGACUGACAUCAUCGGAUACAACCCCGCCCCCGGGGACCUGGCCUAUCCUGAGAAACUGGAGAUGAUGGAGAAAAUUGCCCAGAGCCUGAAGGAAGAGCAGAUGAAGCUAAUGGCCCAGGAGUCGUCCUUCUCAGACGUCCAGCUUGAAGAUCCAAAUGACCGGAGAGCCAGUAACGCAAGUAGUAUAGACUCGUCCCGCUUGCAGCCAUCCAUCUCUCCCGCUGACCUGCAUGGCAUGUGGUACCCCACAGUCAGACGGACGCUGGUCUGCUUGUCCAAGCUCUAUAGGUGCAUAGAUAGAGCAGUCUUCCAGGGCUUAUCGCAAGAGGCCUUGUCUGCCUGCAUCCACUCCCUGCUCAAAGCGUCCGAUGUCAUCCUAAAGAACAAGACGCAGGUAGACGGUCAGCUGUUUCUGAUCAAACACCUGCUGAUCAUGAGGGAACAGAUCGCUCCCUUCCACACAGACUUUGCCAUCAAGGAGAUCUCUCUGGACCUGAAGAGAACCAGAGAUGCUGCCUUCAAAAUGAUGAACCCAAAAUCUGUUCCUGGUUUCUUCAGACUCAACAGCCACAACGCUAUCUUGGAAUUUCUAUUGGAGGGAUCACCGGAGAUAAAGGAGCACUACAUAGAUUCGAAGAAGGACGUGGACCGCCAUCUGAAGUUUAGCUGUGAGCAGUUCAUCCAGCAGCAGACUCACCUCUUUGUUGGGAAUCUGGAGGAGUUUCUCACCAAGGUGUCCGCUCUGAAAACCAUGGCGAUCCAAGGAGGUCCCACGUACAACCUCUCCCAACAACCUUGGGCACAGCCAGCCAAGAUCAACGACAUAGUGAUGGCUACCUACAGGGUGAUGAAGAGCAAGCUGCCAAGCACGUUACAGAGCAUGUCCUUGUACCUGGCCAACAGAGACACAGAGUUUAUCCUCUUCAAGCCUGUCCGGAACAACAUCCAGCAGGUGUUUCAGAGACUGCACGCCUUGCUUCAGGAGGAAUACAGUGGCGAGGACCUUCAGAUCAUCGCUUGCCCUUCUAUGGAACAGAUGAACCUGCUGUUGUCUGUGAAUAAGUAACCUGAAGGCCUGGUCCGAAGAGCCCUGUCUGGUUUGGACAGGAGGGUUACUUCAGCCCUGACCUAGCCAGACCUGGCGCUUGUGGAGCAAAAGUCUAGGAGAAGGACUGUGCUAGUCUUUGGCCCUCGACCUGCAGAGAUCCUAUACAAGGCCAAAGAUACCCUUAACACUGACACAACCAACAGCGUCCGAGCAUGUCGUGGUCUAGUUUGGCAUUCAAUCACUCAGUUGGUAGGAGCAGUGUGAAAUGAAGACUUUCUUUUUGGUACUGAUCUGGAAUCAAUUUGUUCAACUAAAAUGUAAAGGUGUUGGGCUUACUUCUUUAUGUGGGAGAGAUCCACACAGACAAGGGUUAUUGGUUAUAUCGGCUGUAUUUCUCUUAUCAUAAUACAACAUUUCUGAGUCAAGAUAAGUUGGCACAUUCAGUGAGCGUAGCAAAUGGGGAAACGAGGGUGAAUGUUGAGCGGGUGGAAUAAGGACACUCUAACCAGGCUAAUAGAGGAGGUUGAACUUCAUUCAUUGGUCAGAUAGCUAAUGAGCGACGAGCAGCCGCCACGUUUAUGUUUCAUUUGUUAAUGGAUUAAGAGACGGAAUGAAAAGAGAACAUGCUGCACGAUAUGUAACAUCUCUCCGCCUUUCUCUAUGAACAUGGAUAUCUCUGGUCUAUGACAGCCUGUGCUGCAGGGCUCUCAGGUUUAAACACUGCUCCCUUGGUCUGUUUUUAAUAAAGGAACCCUUCUGUUUUACUGUCAGUGGUUUCCAAAUGAUAGUUCUUCCUCUUGCUCUCUCCAUUGAUGUACGCAACAAGUUGAAAAGAAACAUGUAAAAAAAAAUAAGAUUUUUUUUAAAGUACCCUGAGAACUUGUUUAUUUUUUUUUUAACCUUUUCUUUUGUAUUUGGGAUGCUUGGACUUCUCUAUAGCUUGGUGUUAAUGGACCUUUGUCUAGAGCAGUUUUGCACUGUAAAGGAAUGGAGAAGUCAGUGGUCUUACUCAGAAAUGUAAUAUAUUAUGGAUAUAUUUGCCUAAUGCUACUCCCACAUUCAAUGAAUUACAAAGUUAAUGUAAACUUAACUGCAGCUUUUUCUUUGGCAUCAUCUGUAUAGAAGUGUGUGUGUGUAUAGUGUAACUACUGUAUUUAUCCAUGAACAAUCUGAUUAAAAAGGAUGACAAAUUAGUA